AUGGCCGCCGUGCGACGACUACAAGUAUUGCUCAGGAACAGACAGCAAUGCUUUAGGCCCGUUAUUCAAACACGCAACUACACAUCCGCAACCAAAGACACCGCAUAUUCGUUUCCAUCGUUCGCCAGCGGAGCCAACGAUGAGGUCGCCCGUCUUGCGGCCACUAGGCGCCGGCCAUUGACGCUUGCAGACCUUCUCAAACAUGGGCGCCCGCCGUUGUCAGAAGAUGCGCUUCUCAGUUCGGCAAACUUCACCCUUUCCCUCCUCCCUGCUCGAUUAGCAUCCCGAAUCCAGGCCCUGCGCAAUUUACCCUUUAUCGUUGUGUCGAAUCCCCAUGUGUCGAAUAUUUACAACAAUUACCUCCAUUCGCUGUCGACCCUCCUUCCGUACCAGCAGCGGCAAAUUACGACUCUAGAAGAAGAGAAACAAUUUGCGGACGUGCUGGCAGACCUCGUACAUACACAUACGAAUACAAUCCCGAUCCUCGCGCGCGGAUUCCUCGAAUGCAGAAAAUAUAUCGAUCCAGCAGAGGUGACGCGGUUUUUGGAUACUCAUCUACGCGCACGGAUCGGCACUCGGUUGAUUGCGGAGCAGCACCUGGCUUUCAAUUUCGCCUCGCAGCCAGCCAAAGAUAGCAGCCCAGCACCGAAAGAUUCGGUUCCUUCCAACUACGUCGGGGUGAUUGAUUCGACAUUGCAGCCGGCGCGUAUCAUCAAAUACUGUGAGGAUUUUGUGGGCGAGAUAUGCGAGUUGAAAUAUGGCGUACGCCCGGAAGUGGUGAUCGGGGGACAGCCGGACGCUUCGUUUGCAUAUGUUCCCGUGCAUAUGGAAUACAUCAUAACGGAACUGUUAAAGAAUUCGUUUAGAGCUGUGAUCGAGAAUGGCCAAGAACACGCACCUAUUGAGGUGACUAUUGCGCCUGCGCCGGAUGUCCCUGGAAAUCACGUUCACGAAGCCUAUGAUAAACAUACCCAAGAACCGCGCGAGUCUCAGAACGACACCGACGUGGGAUUUAAGGUCGAUACGGUCGUUGGCACAGCGGAUGCCAACGAAUCAGUCCGUCACUCCAGCCCUUCCUCGCAGAGCAUCACGAUCAGAAUCCGUGAUCGCGGUGGUGGAAUUCCCCCGGAAGUUUUGCCAAACAUCUGGUCCUACAGUUUCACCACUUUCUCCGAUCUUGAUCCCCAAGGCUCAGAAAAUGGAAAUGUUGAUGCACUCAACACCAUUUCUGCCAGCAGCGGACAGCUGAGCAGCAUUGCCGGACUGGGGUAUGGUUUGCCUUUGAGCAGAGCAUAUGCAGAGUACUUUGGAGGUAGCAUUGCUAUCCAAAGUCUCUGGGGAUGGGGAACUGAUGUUUACUUGACCUUGCAAGGCGUUGGAAAGAUGGGUUGA